UCGGUCACACUGUUUCGCCCUCUUUUCGCCAAAAAUUUGUUGGCGUGUUGUCAAUUUCCUAAGGAUUUGAUCGGUUUUUCGUUUUGUGUGUAACCCGGAAAGGAUAAAACAGCGACAAUGUACGGCGGAGACGAAUACGCAACCAAUUCGGAGUACUACGAUGACUACGCCCAUACCGGAGACCCGCAACUGGACAUGGAGUACGAGAGGAACUACUACGCCGCCCGGAUGCCGGACAACGUCAAGUACUUCCUGAUCAACUUCUGCCAGGCGAUCAAGGAGGGCAACUUGUACGACAUCCAGAACAUGUACGAGAACACGUUCCCGCAGAUCAGCGACCACCACUUCGACAAGACUGCUUGGCCCGAGGAGCAGGAGGUGGCUGCUAUCGUGGACAACGACAAGGUCUUCCUGAUCUUAUACAAGGAGUUGUACUAUCGCCACAUCCACGCACGCAUCCCCGGUGGACCCAAGUUGGAGCAGAGGAUUAACUCGUUCUUCAACUACUGCGACUUCUUCAACCUGAUCAUCUCGGCCCAGAACCCAGUGAUGCUGGAGCUGCCCGACAUCUGGCUGUGGGAGUUGGUGGAUGAGUUCGUGUAUCAGUUCCAGAACUUUGCGCAGUACCGCGCCCGCCUUACGGAGAAAUCGCAGGAUGAGAUCCAGCAGCUGUGCGUGAACCACAGCAACGAGUGGAGCAUUCUCUGCAUCCUCAACGUUCUGCAUUCCCUCGUGGACAUCUCGAACAUCAAGAAGCAGCUGGAGGCCAUCUCGCAGGGCGUUGAUCCCCAGACCGUGGCCGGUGACUUCGGCAAACUGUCCUUCUACAAGAUGCUGGGAUACUUCUCCCUCGUCGGACUGCUGCGCGUUCACUCGCUGCUGGGUGACUACUACCAGGCCAUAAAGGUGUUGGAGCCCAUUGAGAUCCACAAGAAGUCCGCCUACUCGCACAUCCCCGCCUGCCAAAUCUCGACGUCGUACUAUGUGGGCUUCGCCUACAUGAUGAUGCGCCGCUAUGCUGAUGCCAUUCGCACUUUCUCUGAUAUCCUCCUGUACAUCCAGCGUACCAAGCAGCUGUACAGCACGCGUUCAUACCAAAACGAUCAAAUCAACAAGCAGGCCGAGCAGAUGUACCAUCUUUUGGCCAUCUGCCUGGUGCUCCAUCCCCAGUGCAUCGACGAGUCCAUCCAGCAGGUGCUCAGGGAAAAGAACUACCACGACGCCAUGUUUAAGAUGCAGUGCGGUGAUCUGGAGGUCUUCAAGUCCUUCUUUGUCUUCGCCUGCCCACGUUUCGUGAGCCCCUGCCCGCCAGCUGUAGAUGCACCCAUGGACGACUACGUCAAGGACCCGAUGGAACACCAGUUGCUGGUUUUCAUGGACGAGGUGCGCCAACAGAAGGAUCUGCCCACAACGCGCUCGUAUCUGAAGCUGUACACCACCCUGCCGCUGACCAAACUGGCAUCUUUCAUCGAUCCCAACGCCAGCGAGGAUGACGUGUCGAAGCUGCUGAUCCGCCUGCUUUGCUUCAAGCACAAAAUGCGCAACCUGGUGUGGAGCAAGGGACCCAGCGGCCUGGAGGGCACAUUCAAGUCUGGCUCCGAGUUGGACUUCUACAUCGACGACGACAUGAUUCACAUAGCCGACACCAAGGUUUCACAUCGGUAUGGCGACUUCUUUGUGCGUAAAAUCCUUAAGUUCAACGAUCUGAAUCGCAAACUGAAGAACAUCAACAUUUAAGCCGACUCCUUGUGACCCUUAAUGAUAAAUUUAAUAUUCCAUACUGGACCGAUGUGUUUUGAUAUCAAUAAAAAUCGCUUUAUGGGGGAA